AUGGGCUCAAACGCCGACGGCCACCGAUACAGGUCGCGGUCACCUCUCCCAGGUGGCUCGAGAUCUGUACAUCACGACAGGAGGAGGUCAAGAUCGCGGUCAGAAAGACUCGAUGACAAACGGGAACGCAGACAUGGAGAGGGACGUGAUAGACAUCAGGAGCGAUCAAGAAGUCGAGACCGUGAGAGGGACAGAGACAGGGAUCGCCACCGGCGGCGGCAUGAGGACAGAGAUACCUCUGGCUCUCAUCACAGACACCAUCACCGAUCAGAACGACACAGAACCUCCCGCUCCCCUUCCCACAAACGAUCCAAGGAUGAACCGCCCAAACCCCUCCCCUUCAACUCCCGCCAGCUCUCCCGCUCCGAUUACCCCAACUUCGAGCCCCUCUUCGCCCACUACCUCGACAUCCAGAAACAACUCUACAUCGACGACCUAGACGACCACGAACUGCGCGGCAGAUGGAAGAGCUUCGUCAAGAAGUGGAACCGCGGCGAGUUGGCAGAGGGGUGGUACGAUCCCGAGAGAUUCGCCGGAGCGGCCAAGGAGGCGGCAGCAGAGGGGAGGGUACCACGUUCCAUCACUGAAGCAAGCAGCAGUGCGAAAGACGGAAAAGACAGAAAGGAGAGGGGGGUCUCAACGAUGUCUGAAGGCGACGUCCCCGAGCCAACAACAACAGCCAGACCAUCCAUCGAAACAACCGACACCCCCCUCAUGACCGACACCAACCCGCCUCAAAACCAAAAUCAAGAAGACGACGACGAUGGCGCCUCAGACUCCGACUACGGCCCCACCCUCCCCGGCCAGUCCUCUUCCACCCGUCACUCCCACGCCCACGGCCCGACCAUCCCCUCCCUCACCGACCUGACCCUCCACCGCGAAUCCCUCGCCGAAGAAUCUGCCAGCCAGCGCGCCUCCUCCCUCGAAGCCCUGCGCGCCCAACGCAAAGCCGACCGCGCCCUGCAAAAGCAACGGCUUGAAGACCUGGUCCCGCGGGCCGACGCCGGCACGCGCGAGCGUCGUCUCGAGAAGCGCAAGGAACUCAACGAAAAGCUAAAAUCCUUUCGGGAACCGUCGCCGGGUGGUGGGGAGGUGGCUGAAAGUGAACUGAUGGGUGAAGGGGAGGGAGGCGGACUGGAGGAGUAUAAGAGGAUGAUGAAGAGGGAGGAGGUGAAGAAGACGGAACGGCAGUUGAGGAGGGAGGAGAUGGAGCGGGCGAGAGCGGCGGAACGGGAGGAGAGGAUUAGGGAGGCGAGGGAGAGGGAGGAUAGGGUUAUGGAAGGGCUGAGGGCACUGGCGAAGGCGAGGUUUGGAUAG